AUGGCGGCAACGACCCAAUUGACCCACCACCUUGAGUGUUACGUCGACACAGCUCGCCCUCCCGCGGAGCAGGCUGCAAGUUUGAAUUUCAUCACUUCUCUUGUGAAGAAGGACUUGUUGACUAUUGAAGUGCUGGUGAAAGAGAUGAGGAUGUAUCUGACCAUUACGGAUAAUGUUAUUCGUGCUCGUGGUAUACUUCUUUUGGCAGAAGUUCUUACAGGUCUUUCAUCAAAGCCACUAGAUAAUGCAACUAUUCAUAGCUUGAUAGGGUUCUUCACAGACAGACUGUCAGAUUGGAGAGCUUUACGUGGUGCACUUAUUGGUUGCUUAGCACUGCUGAGGAGACAAGUUAAUGCCGGAAUGGUCUCUGCCAGUGAUGCAAAAGUCGUUGCUCAGUCUUACAGAGAGAACAUACCAGUGCAAUCUUUAGCUCAACAGGACAGAAAGCUUUGUUUUGAGCUUUUGGAGUGCCUUUUACAACGCUAUCCAAACGAGGUUGCUUCACUGGGUGAAGAUCUUUUCUAUGCGAUCUCUGAAGCCAUUGAUGAAGAAAAGGAUCCUCAUUGCUUAAUAUUAACAUUUCAUAUUGUUGAGGCACUGGUCAAAUUAUUUCCAGACCCAUCUGGGCCACUCGCAACUUUCUGUGGAGAUCUAUUUGAAUUCUUGGGUUGCUACUUUCCCAUUCAUUUUACUCAUCUGAAAGAUGAGGACGCUAAUGUGAAAAGGGAGGACCUCUCGAAGGCUCUAAUGUCAGCAUUCUCUUCCACAGCCUUGUUUGAGCCAUUUGUUAUUCCGUUGCUUCUUGAGAAACUUUCUUCUUCUCUGCCAUUAGCAAAGGUUGAUUCCUUGAAGUAUCUUAACUACUGUGCAUCUAGAUAUGGAGCUGAAAGAAUGGCAAAACAUGCUGAAACUAUCUGGAUUUCCAUAAAACAUGCAAUAAGUAAUUCAUUGGAAGUGCCUGCUAAAUCCUUUACUGCAGAACCACUAGUUGGUCUUGGCUUUGAAGAAAAUGAAAUUGUAACAGAAGCUUUGAUUCUUCUACAAAAUGUCACAAUGCAAAAUGAUGCUUUGCUUCUAAGUUUGAUUGUUCGGGAUGAAGAUAUAAACAAUGUUAUCAAUUCCAUAGCUAGUCAUGAAAGUUACACUAAUAUUCCCUCGCAAGGCAGGCAGAGUUUACAUGCAGUUGGUCGCAUCUUUUUCAUCAUAACCAAGACUUCCAUGGCUUCCUGUAAUAGGGUAUUUGAAAGUUUCUUCCCUUCCUUAAUGAAGACUCUGGAGAUUUCAAUGGGGAAUUCAUCCAAAGAUUGUACUCUCAAGGAGAAUUCUUUUUCCUCUAAAAGAUUUAAGUUUGGAGCUCUUUAUUUCUGCGUGGAAUUCAUUGCUGCAUGCAGAGAUUUAAUCAUGAGAACCAAUGACCAUGAUGAGAAGUUUGGUACUGCAGAUGAGACAUGUUGCUGCAUGCUUCAAAGCUCUGCGCCAACACUAAUCACUGCCUUCUGUACUACCUUAGCGCAAAUUUCUUGUAACGUUGCCGAUGAUGCAGAUAUUUAUUUCAAAGUGAAGGGUUUACAAAUGUUGGCUACAUUCCCUGGAUAUUUCUUACAAAUACCAAAAGCUAUGUUUGAGAAUGUUCUGAAGACUCUCAUGUCGAUCAUCUUGGUGGAUUUUGACAAGCCGUUGUUGUGGAAGCUAGCAUUGAAGGCUUUAGCACACAUCGGCUCAUUUGUGGAUGUGCAUCUCGAGUCAGAGAAGGCACAAAGCUAUACAAGUUUUGUUGUUGAAAAGACUAUUUCACUGCCUCAAGAUGAUUUUGAUGUGCCUUUCCCUCUAAAACUGGAAGCAGUAUUUGAGAUUGGUGCAAGUAGGCCAAAUCAUAUGCUAAGAAUUAUUCAAGGGCUGGAAGAUGCAAUAGUUGCCAAUUUAUCCAAAACUUUUAUCCAUGGAGAUUUGAAGGCAGCUGAAAAAACAAUUCAACUUUUAGAAUGCUACUCCAAUAAGAUUAUCUCAUGGAUCGAUGAAAAUGGAGGUCUCGAAGAAGUUCUGUGUCGAUUCGUCAUUAGUAUUUGGAAUUGCCUUGAAAGGUGUAAAGAUUCUAGCAAUCAAGUCCAAGACAAAGGACUUCUUGAUGCAACAAUGACGGCAAUGAAGCUUGCUGUUGGGAGUUGUUCAGAGGAAAGUCAAAACAUCAUAAUCCAAAAGGCCUACGGAGCUCUUUCAUCUGGCAUAUCUAUUCCUUUUAAGGACUCCACGGAUGACAGUUCUUUAGCUAAGCUUGAAACCUUGCACCUUUUCGAACAGCUGGACAAGUUAUCUCCCAGAGAUGAAUGGAUUUUUUCACUAUUUGCAUCAGUAAUCAUAGCAAUGCGUCCAAGAACUCCUAUUGCAAAUGCAAAAGGAAUUUUGCAUUUAUUUAUGACCGCCCUUGUUAAAGGUUGUACUCCAGCAGCUCAGGCAUUGGGUUCUGUGAUCAACAAAUUGGGUAUACAAUCCAAUGAAAUAACAAUUUCAACUGCCUGUACGUUGGAAGAAGCAAUGGGAAUUAUUUUUCGGUCAAAACUAUGGAAUAUUGGUGAGAAUGGAGUUUUAAGAGGAUCUGGAACAAGCCACAGCAGAAAUGUGGGGCUCACUGAAUUAUGCCUUGGGGUUUCGAGCAAUAAAUUGCUUCAGGUCCAUGUCAUCACUGGACUCGCAUGGAUAGGGAAAGGUUUACUUUUAAUUGGUAAUGAACAAGUAAAAGAUGUUACCAAAAUCAUCUUGGACUGCCUACUAGCAGAUGACAAAGUAGAUACCUCUGAGUUGAGGCAAGGUCUGCUAGAAACCAGUAGCGAGCAGCCUUCUGUGAUGAGAACUGCAGCAGAUGCAUUUCACAUUCUUAUGAGUGAUUCUGAUGUUUGUUUGAACCGUAAGUUUCAUGCAAAUAUACGACCACUCUACAAGCAGCGGUUUUUCUCUACAGUGAUGCCGAUUUUGCAUUCUUUGAUAGUGAAAUCUGAUUCAUCGUUAUCUAGAUCUAUGCUGUUUCGGGCAUCAGCGCACCUUAUCUCCAAUGCUCCAUUAAUUGUUAUCUUGAGUGAAGCCAAGAAGCUCAUGAAAGUAUUGUUGGAUGGAUUGUCCAUACUAAGUGAUGAUAUUCUGGAUAAAGAUAAGCUUUACAGUCUUUUGCUGGUUCUAUCUGGGAUAUUGACAGAUAAAUGCGGAGAAGAAGCAGUCCUAGAGAAUGCACAUAUAAUAAUUGAUUGUCUCUCUAGACUCGUUGCCUACCCUCAUAUGAUGCUUGUUCGAGAGACUGCAAUUCAAUGCCUUCUUGCCAUGUCUGAGCUGCCCCGUCCUAGAAUCUUUCCCCUGAAAUCUCAGGUACUGCAAGCAAUAUUCAAGGCUCUUGAUGAUCCAAAAAGAGCUGUUCGUGAGGAAGCUGUUAGAUGUCGACAUGCAUGGACAUCAACUGCAUAAAGUUGAUGUUUACAGAGAGAACCAGAGUUAUCCCAAGCUAGCAACACAUUAAACUGUGUGAUGCUUUUAGCUUUUGCUGUUUUUUAUCGCUAAUGAUUGUAUGUAAAAUGCCCUAAUCAGUCGUUGUUGUCAGCUUCUGGGUUAAAUUAUCCGAAUGUAUAACGGAUCUCUGUACUAUUUGUAAAUGCUCUUUUCAUUGUGUAUUACUUCUCAUCCAAGCUUAGAUGGUAGUCAUGGUACAUUGGUUCUUGC